GAAGCCUCUUACCAUAACUCUUUCCUUCAAGUUUCCGACGGACCAGGAAAAUUAAAUAAGUAGACGGGUUUUGCGGCUGACGUGUGUAAAGGGAAGUCAUGGGCGGUGAAGAUUAUGCAGAGUCAAAGGUGAAGCCAUCUGUCGUUUUAACUGGAGCUGCAAUGGAAUCUAAUGGACCAUCCAUUGGUAUUCUUGACAUUGGUGCCAGUCAAAAUGCCUUCCUUUUCCGAGUUGCAUUGCCAAGUAUCAGGAUCGAUCAAAGUAAGUUGAAAUGUGAGAUCCAACGCGAUGGAAAGGUUCUUAUACAGGGUAUAAUACCACAAGGCACUGAAGUGCUGCGGGGAUUAUCGAAAAAAUGUGAGAUGAGAAACGAGAUGUUCUGCUCUCCGGGACCAUUCACCAUUUCCUUUAUUCUGCCUGGACCAGUUGAUCCACGAUUGUUUUCUCCAACCUUCCGUCCUGAUGGCAUUCUGGAAGUGGUGGUCUUGAGAAUCAGUAGGCCAAGUGAUCCAGCGGAUGCAUGGGCUCCACCUUCUUGAGAUCGUUGCAGUGACGUUAAGCUCCAGCUCCAGCAUCAAAGUGUUAAGUUUAGGAAAAUGGCCUAUCAAAACCAGAGUUAUAACUUCAUAUUGGUCUAAAGGUGAAAAACAAAGCCCGAGGGACACCAAUGUAGCGAGGAAACAAGCCAUGUUUAAAGUUCAGUUUGAAGUUUGUUUGAGUCGUAAUAAACAAUUUUAUGAAUCAAGUGGUUGAAUGGUACAGACAUUGCCGUUGCCGG